UCACUCAGUUAUUGGUCGAAAAGAAGAGUAACGUUCAGUCUCGCGGAUAAAAAUGGCCGUAGUGUUGUCUUCGGUGUGCUUUGCUUGAAUAAUUUCUCGUAAAACUUUGAAAGCAUUUAAUUAACAAACUUUUGUAAGCUAUUGUGUAUUUAAGGAAAGUGUUUUUUUGUUUAAGUGAGUGUCAAUAGUUUUACGCGACUGUGAAAAAUGUCUGACAGCACAAGCCCAAGUGUGCUAAGUUACUUGAGACAGUAUAGGUUUCAGAAAAAACCGAAUGGCGAUGGCAGUAACAGCAUUGUUACUAUGUCUGCCCCCUCGGCGACUGCCCAACCUCAAAGCAGAAUGCCAGCCCCCAGCACCAUAAACAGAAACGGGCCUGUGGUAUACAAACGCAUCAGGGUGCCCGACUCUGACUCCGAUGAUCCAGCAACACCAACCAAGAAAAUCAUCGUUACCAGCCCGGUGGUAGUGACGUCACAGCCAACCAGCCAGCAGGCUCAACAGCAGCCCUUAACUACGGCCAUCAGAGAGAAACGGUUUAGGAACAUGCUGGAAAUGUUUCCGGAAGUUUCUCCUAUGUUCAUAAAGAACACUCUCGUAAAACACGGCUGGAACGAAGAACGCUCAAGGGACGAGCUCCUCAAACACGACCCUGAAAGCAACGACCGCACGCCAGCAUCCUCCUACCAGGGCUCCCGUCCCGGCUUCUCCGGACAGCGGCCGAACGGCUCCAACAUGGGUGUCGUCCGCGUGACCAGUACACCCGCUGGUGGCGCUGGUACUGGUGCUACCACGGUGGUGGUUAGGAAACCACUGGCGGCGCAGGGCGGGCGGGCCAGGAGAGGCAGCAGCGGCAGUGAGGAUGAUGACUAUGGGGUCAGGAAGGGGAAGGAUGAUCGGGUGUAUGAUAGUGACGAUUCAGACAACGAAGUGACAGACGAUCUGGUCGGUGACAAGCGGAAAGUGUUCGAGUUCCUCAACAAAAGCAGUCUCAGCGAGUUGUCGCUGCUCAGCGGGUGCUCACAGAAGAAGGCAGAGGCGAUUAUCGCGCAGAGACCGUUCAAAGGCUGGUUAGAUAUGGUAGAAAAAUUCAACAGCAUCAAGAUGCUGAGUACAGAGCUCCUCAACUCAACCCAAGUGCUGCUCACCACCAGGAACAACAUUCAGAGGCUGAUGAAGAAAUGCGUGGGAUUGGCGCAGCAGUUGGAAGCUGCCGUGGCGGCGGGAGCGGGCAGACUCCAACAACCCGCAAUCAUGGACUCCAGUUUAACUUUAGCCCCAUACCAGCUGGUCGGUCUCAACUGGCUAGCAGUGCUACACAAGCAAGGUGUCUCCGGAAUCCUAGCCGAUGAGAUGGGACUUGGCAAGACUGUGCAAGUCAUAGCGUUCCUGGCACAUUUGAAGGAGACCGGACAAGCCAAGGGAACUCAUCUGAUUGUGGUGCCGGCUUCAACUCUUGACAACUGGAGCGGCGAGCUAUCCCGCUGGUGCCCCGCCAUACGCGUGAGCAAGUACUACGGGCAUCCCGAGGAGCGGCGUCAGCUGCGGAUACAGUACGCGCGCGGCAUGGAGGAUAUUGACGUCAUACUUACCACGUACACAAUGGUGAGCAGUUGCCCGGAAGAACGCAAGAUGUUCCGCAUAACGCCGCUGCAUUACGUCAUCUACGACGAAGCGCACAUGUUGAAAAACAUGUCUACCCAGCGAUAUGACAAUUUGCUUAAAAUUAAGUCGAAACACCGUCUCCUGUUAACGGGCACGCCGCUCCAGAACAACCUCCUCGAACUGAUGUCGCUGCUCUGCUUCGUGAUGCCGCACAUGUUCUCCGGGAAAACGGAUGACCUCAAGAGCUUGUUCCAGAAGAAUGCUAAAUCUCUCAAAACUACAAAGAAGGGCGACGGCACUAAAGAAGACGACGCUCCCCCGUUCGAACAAAGCCAGAUCACGCAAGCCAAACGCAUCAUGAAACCUUUCGUGCUGCGUCGGUUAAAGCGAGACGUACUACAAGACUUGCCUAAGAAGACCAAUCACACGGAGUUGUGCGCCAUGUCGGAUCGACAGGAGAAGUUGUAUAAACAUCUGAUUGCUGGGUUCGCCGCUAAAGAUGGAACGAUCCACGCAACAAUGGAGCAAAGCGGCAUUUCCAUGAUGAUGGACAUGCGAAAACUUGCCAACCACCCCUGCCUCCUCCGUUACUUCUACGAGGCAGACACAGUUCGGACGAUAGCGCAGCGCCUCGCCAAGGACCCCACAUAUAAGGAGAAGAAUGAACAAUACGCGUUCGAGGAUCUCAUGUGUCUGUCGGACUUUCAGAUUCACCAGCUCACUCUUCAGAGUAUAAGCCAAUUCGCGCUCCCAAUAAGCCUCAUCCUAGACUCCGGGAAGUUCCUCAAGCUGGACGAGAUGCUGCCCAAGCUGAAGGAGGAUGGGCACAGGGUGCUGGUGUUCAGCCAGUUCACCAUGAUGCUGGACGUCAUAGAACCGUAUCUCAUUCACCGCCAGUACCGGUAUCUGAGGCUGGACGGACAGACCGCCGUCACAGACAGACAAGAUCUAAUAGAUCAAUAUAAUGCUGAGGACAUAUUCGUGUUCCUACUGUCGACGCGCGCCGGCGGGCUUGGCAUCAACCUCACCGCCGCCGACACGGUCAUCAUACACGACAUCGACUUCAACCCGUACAACGACAAGCAGGCCGAGGACAGAUGUCAUCGAAUGGGCCAAACGCGACCAGUGACCAUCUACCGACUGCUGAGCUCGGGCACCAUCGAGGAGGGCAUCUACCAGGUCGCACAAGAGAAGCUCAAUCUAGAGAAGGAGGUCACCGGCGCUGACGAAAACGAUACUCAAGAACAAAAGAACGUAGUGCGACUCCUGUCCGCCGCGCUCGGCCUCACCGCGAACAAAUGAUAUUCGGCCGAGCCAGUGCUACCUGCAACACAGU